UCUUCUCCACUUCCCAAUCAAAAAUUUUCAGAGGCACGCUCCGUCUCUCUUCAAUCAAGCGAAGCUCAACGAAGAAGAAGAAGAAGCAGCAGCAACAGAGGGAAAUCUCUACCCCUCUCCAACUUUCCAACAAUGUCAGCGCUAGAGAUCGAAGCUCGAGACGUUAUAAAGAUUGUCCUCCAGUUUUGUAAAGAAAAUUCCCUGCACCAAACGUUCCAAACCCUGCAGAACGAGUGCCAGGUGUCCCUCAACACCGUCGACAGCCUCGAGACCUUCGUCUCCGAUAUCAACAGCGGGAGAUGGGAUGCUAUCUUGCCUCAGGUUUCUCAGCUCAAGCUUCCGAGAAAGAAACUGGAGGAUCUCUAUGAACAGAUUGUGUUGGAAAUGAUAGAGCUUCGUGAGUUGGAUACUGCGCGGGCGAUAUUGAGGCAGACGCAGGCGAUGGGUGUGAUGAAACAGGAGCAGCCUGAGAGAUAUUUGCGGCUUGAGCACCUCUUAGUUCGGACUUAUUUUGAUCCCAAUGAGGCAUAUCAAGAGUCUACUAAGGAGAAGCGCCGGUCACAGAUUGCUCAAGCUAUUGCCUCUGAAGUUAAUGUUGUCCCGCCGUCUCGACUAAUGGCUUUGAUUGGUCAGGCCCUAAAGUGGCAGCAACAUCAAGGGUUGCUUCCACCGGGAACACAGUUUGAUCUAUUUCGUGGAACUGCUGCAAUGAAGCAAGAUGAGGAUGAUAUGUAUCCUACAACUCUCGGGCAUCAAAUAAAGUUUGGGAAGAAAAGUCACCCAGAAUGUGCCCGAUUCUCGCCGGAUGGUCAGUAUUUAGUUUCAUGCUCAGUUGAUGGUUUUAUCGAGGUCUGGGAUUACAUUAGUGGAAAGCUCAAGAAAGAUCUUCAGUAUCAAGCUGAUGAUGCUUUUAUGAUGCAUGACGAUGCUGUCCUUUGUGUUGAUUUUAGUAGAGAUUCUGAGGUACUUGCGUCUGGAUCGCAAGAUGGGAAGAUUAAGGUUUGGCGAAUAAGAAAUGGACAAUGCUUGAAACGUCUCGAACAUGCGCAUUCUCAGGGUGUUACCAGUCUUACUUUCUCUCGCGAUGGAAGUCAGCUGCUAAGUACAUCCUUUGACAGUACAGCAAGAAUCCACGGCCUCAAGUCAGGUAAAAUGUUGAAAGAGUUUCGAGGUCACAGCUCUUAUGUGAAUCAUGCAAUCUUUUCAAAUGAUGGCAGUCGUAUCAUUACUGCUUCUAGUGAUUUCACUGUGAAGGUUUGGGAUGCAAAGACUACUGCGGGUAUACAUUAAUCUCCACUCUCUUUCAAUUAGCCUAAUGAAAGCAAUUUGUGCAUGUUCUUCCAGGGAGGUGACGCAUCUGUCAACUCUGUUCAUCUCUUCCCCAAAAAUACUGAACAAAUUCUAGUAUGCAACAAAACAUCAUCAAUUUACCUCAUGACACUUCAAGGGCAGGUGGUGAAGAGUUUUUCCUCUGGUAAACGAGAAGGUGGUGACUUUGUGGCAGCCUGUGUUUCACCAAAAGGAGAAUGGAUUUAUUGUGUUGGUGAAGAUAUGUACCUGUAUUGUUUUGGCUACCAAUCUGGUAAACUUGAUCAUCUAAUGAAGGUCCAUGACAAAGAUGUGAUUGGUGUAACUCAUCACCCUCAUAGGAAUUUGCUCGUCACCUAUGCUGAGGACUGCACGAUGAAAACAUGGAAACCUUGAUAGCAGAAUUCAUAAGUCAUUCAAGGGGGAAAAAAAAAACUGUGUCUUUGUCUUACAGUUAGUUUUAUUUUUCUGUAUUCCUUUUGGCUUAUGGGGCCGUUUCUAAUUUGUAACAUCUUCUUAGAGUGUAAUUCGUCACACCUCAAUGCAAUUUAGUGAGGGUGUUUUUAUCGAUUUGUCUUUUCCUUAAUUUCCCAGUUUGUUUCCGCUUA